CCCGGGAGCAGUCCGGGUGGCAGCGGCGGCCACGGCCACGGCCACUCACGCUCACACUCGCACGCACACUCACACACCCCCGGCGCAGGAACCUGGCUGCCCCGAGCUUAUAAGAGGAGCGCGUCGAGGGUGGGGAAGGAGGGCUGAAGCCGCCGCGCCCGCCCCCACCCCCCGCUGACCACUCCCCCUCCUGCCCCCUCCUCGCUCCUCACCCCGCGCUCCAGCGGCCGCCAGGGUGGGUGCUCCGCGGCCGGCUCCUCUCUCUUCUGUCUUCUCCGCUCUCGGCUCCCCACCCCCUCUCCCUUUCUCCCCUCCUCUUCCCUCCCCUCCUCUGCAGCGCCUGCAUUAUUUUCUGCCCGCGGGCUCGGCUUGCACUACCGCUGCAGCCCGGGGAGGGCUGGUAACUUGUUGUGCGGAGCGAGCGGCGGCGGCGGCGGCACCAUCCAGACGGGCACCAUGGGCACGUCCGCGCGCUGGGCGCUCUGGCUGCUGCUCGCGCUGUGCUGGGCGCCCCGGGAGAGCGGCACCACCGGAGCGGGCCACAGCACGGAGACUGCUUUCAAGAGAAAGGGUCCAAGCAUACCUUGGGCAGAGAUGGAUGAGAUGCACCUGCUGAGCAGAAGAAGAAAAGCCAAAUGUGAACCCUCCCAAUUCCAGUGCACAAACGGCCGCUGUAUUACGCUGCUGUGGAAAUGCGACGGGGACGAAGACUGUGCUGAUGGCAGUGACGAAAAGAACUGUGUGAAGAAGACGUGUGCCGAGUCUGACUUUGUGUGCAACAAUGGCCAGUGUGUUCCCAACCGAUGGCAGUGUGAUGGGGAUCCCGACUGUGAAGAUGGUUCUGAUGAAAGCCCAGAGCAGUGCCAUAUGAGAACAUGCCGCAUAAAUGAAAUCAGCUGUGGCGCCCGUUCCACUCAGUGUAUCCCAGUGUCCUGGAGAUGUGAUGGUGAAAAUGAUUGUGACAGUGGAGAAGAUGAAGAAAACUGUGGCAACAUAACGUGCAGCCCUGAUGAGUUCACUUGCUCCAGCGGCCGCUGCAUCUCCAGGAAUUUCGUGUGCAAUGGCCAGGAUGACUGUAGCGACGGCAGCGACGAGCUUGACUGCACCCCACCCACCUGCGGGGCCCACGAGUUCCAGUGCAGCACCUCCUCCUGCAUCCCCAUCAGCUGGGUGUGCGAUGACGACGCAGACUGCUCGGACCAGUCAGAUGAGUCCCUCGAGCAGUGUGGCCGCCAGCCAGUGAUCCACACCAAGUGCCCAGCCAGCGAGAUCCAGUGCGGCUCCGGCGAGUGCAUCCACAAGAAGUGGCGAUGUGACGGGGAUCCUGAUUGCAAGGAUGGCAGCGAUGAGUUCAACUGUCCUUCCCGAACCUGCCAACCUGACCAGUUUGAGUGCGAGGAUGGUAGCUGCAUCCACGGCAGCAGGCAGUGUAACGGCAUCCGAGACUGUGUCGACGGUUCUGAUGAAGUCAACUGCAAAAAUGUCAAUCAGUGCUUGGGCCCUGGGAAAUUCAAGUGCAGAAGCGGGGAGUGCAUAGAUGUCAGUAAAGUGUGUAACCAGGAGCAGGACUGCAGGGACUGGAGUGAUGAGCCCCUGAAAGAAUGUCAUGUAAAUGAAUGCUUGGUUAAUAAUGGCGGAUGCUCCCAUAUCUGCAAAGACCUAGUUAUAGGCUACGAAUGUGACUGUGCAGCUGGGUUUGAACUGAUAGAUAGGAAAACCUGUGGAGAUAUUGACGAAUGCCAAAAUCCGGGAAUCUGCAGUCAAAUUUGUAUCAACUUAAAAGGCGGUUACAAGUGUGAAUGUAGUCGUGGCUAUCAAAUGGAUCUUGCCACUGGCGUGUGCAAGGCAGUAGGCAAAGAGCCAAGUCUGAUCUUCACUAAUAGGCGAGACAUCAGGAAGAUUGGCUUGGAGAGAAAAGAAUAUAUCCAACUAGUUGAACAGCUAAGAAACACUGUGGCUCUCGAUGCUGACAUUGCUGCUCAGAAACUAUUCUGGGCUGAUCUAAGCCAAAAGGCCAUCUUCAGUGCCUCAAUUGAUGACAAGGUUGGUAGACAUGUUAAAAUGAUCGACAAUGUCUAUAAUCCUGCAGCCAUUGCUGUUGAUUGGGUGUACAAGACCAUCUACUGGACUGAUGCGGCUUCUAAGACUAUUUCAGUAGCUACCCUAGAUGGAACCAAGAGGAAGUUCCUGUUUAACUCUGACUUGCGAGAGCCUGCCUCCAUAGCUGUGGACCCGUUGUCUGGCUUUGUUUACUGGUCAGACUGGGGUGAACCAGCUAAAAUCGAAAAAGCAGGAAUGAAUGGAUUUGAUAGACGGGCGCUGGUGACAGUGGACAUUCAGUGGCCUAACGGAAUUACACUCGACCUCAUAAAGGGCCGCCUCUAUUGGCUGGAUUCCAAAUUGCACAUGUUAUCCAGUGUGGACUUGAACGGCCAAGAUCGCAGGAUAGUCCUAAAGUCUCUGGAAUUCCUAGCUCAUCCCCUCGCACUCACAAUAUUUGAGGAUCGUGUCUACUGGAUAGAUGGGGAAAAUGAAGCCGUCUACGGCGCCAAUAAAUUCACUGGAUCAGAGCUGGCCACUCUAGUUAACAACCUUAACGAUGCCCAAGACAUCAUCAUCUAUCAUGCACUUGUACAGCCAUCAGGUAAAAAUUGGUGCGAAGAAGACAUGGAGAAUGGAGAAUGUGAAUACCUCUGCCUGCCAGCCCCACAGAUUAAUGACCACUCUCCAAAAUAUACCUGUUCCUGUCCCAAUGGAUACAAUCUAGAGGACAAUGGCCGAGAGUGCCAAAGUACUGCAACUACUGUGACUUACAGUGAGACAAAAGAUACCAACACAACAGAAAUGUCACCAACUAGUGGACUAGCUCCUGGAGAGAUCAACGUGACCACAGCAGUAUCGGAGGUCAGUGUUCCCCCAAAAGGGACUUCUGCUGCCUGGGCCAUCCUUCCCCUCUUGCUCUUAGCAAUGGCAGCAGUAGGUGGCUACUUGAUGUGGCGGAAUUGGCAACACAAGAACAUGAAAAGCAUGAACUUUGACAAUCCUGUGUACUUGAAGACCACUGAAGAGGACCUGUCAAUAGACAUCGGUAGACACAGUGCUUCUGUCGGACACACUUACCCAGCAAUAUCCGUUGUAAGCACAGACGAUGAUCUAGCUUGACUUCUGAGACAAGUCGUGACCUUUGAGGUCUAAACCAGUAAUAACCCACUUCGGAAUGGUAACCGAGCCAGCAGCUGAAGCCUCUUUCUUCCUCCAGUUUGGAAGAACAUCGAAAUAUCUUUGCGUGGAUCAAGCUUGUAUACUUAACCAUUUUUAUAUUACUUUUGUAAAUAUUCCUGUCCACAUUCUACUUCAGCUUUGGAUGUGGUUACCAAAAGUAUCUGUAACCCUUGAAUUUCUAGACAGUAUUGCCACCUCUGGCCAAAUAUGCACUUUCCCUAGAAAGCCAUAUUCCAGCAAUGAAAUUUGUGCUAUAGCGUAUACCACCUGUACAUACAUUGUAUAGGCCAUCUGUAAAUAUCCCAGAGAACAAUCACUAUUCUUAAGCACUUUGAAAAUAUUUCUAUGUAAAUUAUUGUAAACUUUUUCAAUGGUUGGGACAAUGGCAAUAGGAUAAAACGGGUUACUAAGAUGAAAUUGCCAAAAAAUUUGUAAACUAAUUUUGUACGUAUGAAUGAAAUCUUUGGCCUCAAUGGAGGUUUGCAAAGACUAAGUAUUCAAACUACUGUACAUUUUUUUUCCAAGUGCUAAAAAAAUUAAACCAAGCAGCUUAACCAUGGUUUGUGCCUAUUCCUCUAGGAUGAACUUCUAUAAACAAGCUGAGUAGUAUCAGGUGUUCUAACUAAAUAUAUGAGCUAUAGAUCUUGAUAUUGUAUUAUAUAAGGAAGCCUACAAUUUGGCUUGUUUCUCUUACAAUCAAGUGCUAAAAGGAUGAGGUACCACUUAAUACUUGCCUCCCCAAAUAUUUAUUUUGUAAAAGAAGCUAGCUUAACCUGCACCUGGAAUUCUUCUUCUUUGAGGAAAGUUCCUAUUCUCAUUCAUUUGUUGCCUGAUCCAGAAACAUAUGCCAAGAUUUCUGUCAAUUCUGCUUCUCUGUACUUAAGUCUCUGUUUUACAUGUCCUAUCAUUAUAUACUGUUCAAGGGCAAGUGCCUGGCAAAGCAUGGGUAAGGACUUCCUCCUUUUACACGCCUAGACAGUCGACCCUGAGGAGAGCUAGGGAGGUAACAAGCAGAAAUGCCAUUCUUGAACAGUCUAAAGCAGUGGUUCUCAGUGGAGUUAAGGUUAGCAUCUGCAUCACCUGGGAACCUGUUAAACGUGCACAUUCUCAGGCCCCACCCCAGACCUGCUGAAUCAGAAACUCUGAGGGUAAGGUCCAGGGAUAUGUGUUUUCAGAAGCCCUUCAGGUGAUUCUGAUGUGAACUAAAAUUUGAAAACCACUGUUCUAAAGUGACUUCAUGGAGAAUCCGUAAGAUGAUCUAAUUUGUCAGGCUGGCUGGCAUAGGAUGGACUCCUUCUAUGGACAGUUUUUGAAACGUGUAACAUGAAGAGUAGAUAAGAACUUUGGGUAGAAGAAAAAGUAGCACAGAGCUUGCAUAAGUUUUCCAUCAGAUUGGCCAUUUCUUUCUCUAAAGCCACAGGAAGCCAACAAGCAAGGGAAGAUACAAGGCUUUAACCCUGGGAAGAUGCUCUAGGUGAGAGUCCGCUGCAGAAGAUGCAGCAAUCUUCAUGGAUUGAAUGAUCAGUGCAGUAGCCAAAGGAGGAAGAGAAGAUAUUUUAAGUAGCUAAAUGGAUCAGGGGAUGAGUCAAAGUCCACCUUCAUAUGGAAUAUCAAUAAGACAGUGGACACGUGGCUUGUGGCUUAGGCAAAGAGAUCAAUAAUCCUGGAUGAAGAAGGUGUUUGUGUCAUCUUGUUUAAUAGAUACCCUCUUGAGAUUUUGGUCAAAUGGAUGAAAGUGAAAGAAAGAAUGGGCGUGAACCUUUUUUUUAUGGGAGAUGUGGAGGUCAAACAUGUAGAGCAAAAGGACAUAGUUGUGAAGGUAGGACUCUCUUCUGGCCACCUGUUGCUUCAUCUUCAGGUAGUCAUAACACUAAACAGGAUGUGGCCUGCUGAUGUGAGGUGUCUGGAGUGCCUAUUUGAUAAGUAGGUGAGCAUUCAUCUUAUGUAAACUCUAAAGGCCAUUUGGUUGACUGGGACUUUGACCCUGCUGUGGUACAAAACACACUGAUUGGUUUAUUCAUUUGGAGCAAUACAGAAUUCCCUCCUAGGAAACUUAAAGACACCAGUGUUUUCCCCCAUUACAAGGAUUAUACAGUAUUAAUCAACUCUAACGCCCAAAAGUCAUAGUUUUUAAAAAGAAAAUCAAGCAGAUUCUUCAUCAUCUCCUGGAUUCCAGUGCCUAGUGUGUUCCUCCAGGUUCUAGGUCCCAAUUUCCAAACUUCAAAGAGUCUAAAGCAUCUCAUUCUUUUACCUUGCUCUCCACAGGAAGAAGCCAAGGACAGAAACACUGACUUAAAAGGUACAAACUCACUUGCAGAAAUGAAGUAACUAGAUAUUUCUAUGGAAAUUAGCAUAGUUACAUGGCUAGCCAAUUCAGCAUGACGUAAGAGUUCAUGGGAGACUAGAGCCUGUGCAUCAGUAUUCACACAAGAACUUUAAGAAUCCUGUGUGAAACCUUUUGCUGUAAGUUUGCUUUGUCUCUAGAGUUUAAUGUGGAAAAUGAGAAUGAAUUAAGAGAUAAAAUAUGAAGCUUAGCAAAUGCUAAAGGAGGCUGUUUGAAGUUAAAUGAGCCUGUCAUACAAGUCACAGAAAGGAAGUCCUCCAGAGGCUUUACCAACUGCUAGAAAGACUGAUAUUGAUAGAUGAAUAAACAGGUUUGUGGCCUCUGGUAAAGAAAUCCAGUCAAGUCUUUGAGUCCAAAUUUUUAAGUGGCCUUUGCAAGCUAUCAAUUUGGCAAGAAAUAGUCCCAGUUGAUCAAUCAGCUCUCUUAAAACAUUCUUAUAGCUAUUUUAAAGCCUUGGUAUCAUUUCCAAACCUAUGGUAUUCAAUUCUUGAUGAACACAAGGCAAAAAAAUGGAGACUUCAACUUUGGCACUUGCUUCUGUUCCUUAUAUCUUUGGAAGUCUGAUAGCCCUUCUCAAAAAAUGAGAAGACAGGCUUUCAAUAGCAAAACUAUAGGGCAUUUGAAGGACUAACUCUUCAGUUAACACUUAGAAAUGGGAGACCUAAAUAGAAGUUGUUUUUUUUUUAACCUCUUUAUUGGAGUAUAAUUGCUUUACAAUGGUGUGUUAGUUUCUGCUGUAUAUCAAAGUGAAUCAGCUAUACACAUACAUAUAUCCCCAUAUCCCCUCCCUCUUGCGUCUCCCCCCCACAGAAGUUUGCCUUUUAACUAUCCUCACACCCAACCAGAAGAUUCUGAUGGGGUGUACUCCCAUGUCGUGUAGCCUAACGAGUAAUUUCCUAGAAUUCUUACCUUGGGAAGCAGUUUAUUAUUUUGAACCCAGUAGAAGCUGGACUCCUUGCUUUUAAUGGUGGGGAAACUCUCAAAAAGCAUCUACACUUUUGCUGUGACAACUUAGGUCUGAGAAUGAAGAAUACAACCUACUAGUCUUUAUCAUUGAUUUUUGGGCUCUCAGUUUCAUAAUCAAGUGUUCAGCCUGACUCUUUGGGAAAAUUGAGAAUUGUAUGUCCAUGUUUCAGCCAUAUCGUGGACCUAAACUGUGGAAGUUCAGGAAUACAUAAAAGUCGAAAAAGGCUUCAAAGGUAUCUUACUUCCAAAUGCAGCGGGAACGAAUUUGAAGAUUAAACAAUGGCAUUUUUGGGACUUAUUUCUCUCAAAUCAAGCAUAGAAGCUUUCCAGCUCAAAAUAACUUCAUGGGAAGGGUGAUCAGCCUUCUUUUUACAUGAAAAGCUGAAUGCGAGAUAGUGGUGAAAAUGUCGGGGUCGAGGGAUAAGCUACUAAGAAACAGCCCACAGGAGUGGCCCAUCUCUCUGUCCUGGCUCCCAAAUGCAUUUAGUGUUUUUGAGCCCGGUUGAUCUGAGAGACAGGAAUGGAGCGGGACCACUGACCAACAGCCCCGCUGUCAGUCUCCUUGCAUCCACAGCCACUGAGGCAGGCGGGAGGCAGGCUGAGGGUGCAGGUACAGGCUCUGUGGGCGACCCUAUGGCACAUCAUAAACAGUUUUCUUCUUCACUGUGCUCAAGGGCAAAGUCAGAUUGGCAGUAAGGAGGUUAAGAGCGCUGGCUGCUGCAUCAGCCUUGCAUGUGGUACUUUUGGGCAAGUCACUAAGCCACUCUGUACACAGAGGUGCUGGGGACUGUCUUGCUAUGACACGGUAAGGAUUGUGAGAAGGCACACGAAAGCUCAGCCCUGCAUCUGGCAUUUAGAGGGUGCAAGGCACAAGUCACUGCUCUAUGUCACUCUCAAAGGUAUGCCUCUAAUUGUAUUUAUGGUGGCAUGGUCUAGAAACUGGUAAGCGACUUGCCCAGUGAGAAUUGCAGGUAACUUAACUCAUUGAGUGUAACACGCAUUAGACCAUGUCCCAACUGUUUUCCACUAUACCUAUCUGAUGAGAUCUAAGUCUGAAAUUCAGGUAGACACAGUACCUUUAUAUAGAUUAAAAGGCUUAAAGGAUUACAUGCUUUGAACCCUAGAAACAGAGCGGGUGUGUUUCUGCCUCAACCUUUUGACUUCACUGUCUAAGACGUGGAAAUAAAUAUUUUGGGGCCUGCACAGGCUUUGGAUGGCAGCUAAAGCACUUUGAAUCUCCCUUAACUUCUCACCAUACGUUUAAUAAUGUGCUAAAUAAAUGCUCUCAUGUAUUUUAUUUGAUCUUCACAACAAACUGAAUAGGUAAGUAUUACCUCCAUUUUAUAGAUGUGAAAACUGAGGCUACAAAUAACAAAUGACUCCAAACCCUACAUGCUUACUGGCAUCUCCUCUCAGGAAAGGAGGCAGUGCUGUGUAAAGGUUAAGGUGAAUGUCACGUUGUAUGUUUGCUGAGUUCCCUUUACUAAUGACCUUAGGAUGCUUCCACAGUUUCUCAGAUGCCCACAAUGGCUGACUUCCAAUAUGGCGGCACGCAGGGGUGGACCGCUAGCACCUCCAUAUCAGGUUGGCACAGAAUAAGUGUAUUAGUUCUGUGCCAUGCCUACAAGAUGCUAGAAGUUCCAGAAUUAUUUUCCUUGGCCAUCACAGAAGCAGGAGUAGAUUAUUGGAUUGCAAAGUGAAAGAUAAAGAGUCCCUAAAGGAAAUUAUAGACAUGCAACAUCAUUCCUGUGUAUGAAGACACUGGGGAAAACAAGCUGUAACACAACAAAUCCUAAAUUUUAAGGUUAUUAUAAGGAGAUACAUGCCCAAGAAGACAGAAGGAACUGGAACUUGCGUCCACGGAGUGAUGACGCUGUAACUAUGACUGGAUCUUAGGUAUUCGGGAAUCUACCCCGAGACCUGGGCAUUGCUCACAUUUCACACAUGCGCAAGGAGGGGGAAGAAUUCUUUGAACGAAAUGACUGGCUUGGACAAAACUCUCUUGCCCUUUUAAAAAUGUCACUUGAUACCAAAAUGUGAUUUAAGAGCAUGUAAGGCCUCAGGAGUCCAGAGCAUACAACCAGUUACCACGCUCAGAAUCUUCAGAAUUCUAGAGGCACAUGUUGGGACACAUCCCAUCCUGCUGACCUGUAGAUAAACAUUGUUUUAUUAAUGAACUGUACGUUUAACCUAAAUAAAGUUUAUUUUUGAGAGAA